GUCACCGCCUCGCCGCCCGGCGCUAUAAAGGCCCGGCGCCGCCUCACCGGCCGCUCUCUGCUCGUCCCCGUUCCACCGGCGGCCUCUCCAGCCUGCCUCCCUUCUUUCCUUCCUAGCCGCGCAGUGCCAGCCGCGUUCCCUACGCACCAUGGUGAAGGUCGGAGUGAACGGAUUUGGCCGCAUCGGGCGCCUUGUCACCCGGGCUGCCUUCAACUCUGGCAAGGUGGAGAUCGUGGCCAUCAACGACCCCUUCAUCGACCUCAACUACAUGGUCUACAUGUUCCAGUACGACUCCACCCACGGCAAGUUCAACGGCACGGUCAAGGCUGAGAAUGGGAAGCUUGUCAUCAACGGGAAGCCCAUCUCCAUCUUCCAGGAGCGAGACCCCGCCAACAUCAAAUGGGGUGAUGCUGGUGCCCAGUAUGUCGUGGAGUCUACCGGUGUCUUCACUACCAUGGAGAAGGCUGGGGCCCACUUGAAGGGCGGAGCCAAGAGGGUCAUCAUCUCCGCGCCUUCCGCUGAUGCCCCCAUGUUUGUGAUGGGCGUGAACCAUGAGAAAUAUGACAACUCACUAAAGAUUGUCAGCAACGCCUCCUGCACCACCAACUGCUUAGCCCCCCUGGCCAAGGUCAUCCAUGACAACUUCGGCAUUGUGGAAGGUCUCAUGACCACAGUCCAUGCCAUCACUGCCACCCAGAAAACCGUGGAUGGCCCCUCUGGCAAACUCUGGCGUGAUGGCCGUGGGGCUGCCCAGAACAUCAUCCCUGCGUCCACUGGCGCCGCCAAAGCUGUGGGCAAGGUCAUCCCCGAGCUGAACGGGAAGCUCACUGGCAUGGCCUUCCGUGUGCCCACCCCCAACGUGUCUGUGGUGGAUUUGACCUGCCGCCUGGAGAAAGCUGCCAAAUAUGACGACAUCAAGAAGGUGGUGAAGCAGGCGUCAGAAGGCCCCCUUAAGGGCAUCCUGGGCUACACGGAGGACCAGGUCGUCUCCUGCGACUUUAACAGCGACACCCACUCUUCCACCUUUGAUGCCGGGGCCGGCAUCGCCCUCAACGACCACUUUGUCAAGCUCAUUUCCUGGUAUGACAACGAGUUUGGCUACAGCAACAGGGUGGUGGAUCUCAUGGUCCACAUGGCCUCCAAGGAGUAAGAGGGCCUCGUCACCCACCCCCCCAGCAACAACACGCGCAAGAGGGGCCUCAGCUGCUGGGGAGCCCCUGGCCCAACUCAGCCCCCCACCAUACUGAGCAUCCCCCUCCUCAGUUUCCAUCCCAGAUAGCCCUGGAAGAAAUGGAGGGGACGAAGGAGCCCUUGUCUGUCACCACCAUCAAAUAAAGUUCACUGUACCCAGCCA